GCCGCCGUCGGCCCCUCCGCGUUCCCGUCCCCGCGGGGCUCUGUCCGCGGUGCCGCCCCCGCCGGUACCAUGAGCUUCUUCGGGUUCGGGCAGAGCGCGGAGGUGGAGCUGGUGCUGAGCGACGCCGAGAGCCGGCGGCGAGUGGAGCACAAGACGGAGGAAGGCAAGAAGGAGAAAUACUUCCUCUUCUACGACGGGGAGACCGUGUCCGGCCGGGUCAUCCUCACCCUGAAGCACCCCAACCGGCGGCUGGAGCACCAGGGCAUCAAAGUGGAGUUCAUCGGGCAGAUCGAGCUCUACUAUGACCGAGGAAACCACCAUGAGUUUGUGUCUCUGGUGAAGGACCUGGCCCGCCCUGGGGAGUUCACUCAAUCGCAGAUAUUUGACUUUGAAUUCACCCACGUGGAAAAACCAUAUGAGUCCUACACGGGGCAGAAUGUGAAGCUGAGGUAUUUCCUCCGAGCGACUGUCAGCCGCAGACUGAACGAUGUGGUGAAGGAGAUGGACAUAGUCGUGCACACCCUUAGUACCUACCCAGAGCUCAACUCCUCCAUUAAGAUGGAGGUGGGGAUUGAGGAUUGCCUGCACAUUGAGUUUGAGUAUAACAAGUCCAAGUAUCAUUUAAAAGAUGUGAUUGUUGGUAAGAUCUACUUCUUGCUAGUGCGGAUCAAGAUCAAACACAUGGAGAUAGAUAUCAUCAAGAGAGAAACGACAGGGACCGGACCCAAUGUGUAUCAUGAGAAUGACACAAUAGCUAAAUAUGAGAUCAUGGAUGGUGCCCCGGUGAGAGGGGAGUCCAUUCCCAUCAGACUCUUUCUGGCUGGCUACGAGCUGACUCCAACAAUGAGAGACAUCAAUAAGAAGUUCUCAGUGCGUUAUUACCUCAACUUGGUGCUGAUUGACGAGGAAGAGAGACGCUACUUUAAGCAGCAGGAGGUGGUGCUUUGGAGGAAGGGAGACAUAGUGAGGAAGAGCAUGUCCCACCAAGCGGCCAUCGCCUCCCAGCGGUUUGAGGGGACGUCCUCGCACACGGAGGCCAAGACCCCCAGCCAGCCUGCAGAGAACAACGGCCGGCAGUGAGAGGCCACGCCGAGGAGGGCUGCUGUGGAGAAAGCGGGGACAGCAGCGAGGAGGAAGAAAAAAAAACACUUCAGAGACUUCACGAAAAAAAAAUAUCCGUUUUUUGACUCAAUUCCUUUCUUCGAAGGACUAGCAGGGUGGGAAGGGGCUGGGAGGGCAAGGCAAGGCGGAGCGCUGGUGGUGCAGAGUUGGAGGCACCUCAGUGCUUCCCGAUCAUCUACAUUCCUCUGGGGUCGGCUGCUUUGAGGCGCAUCUGGAGGCUGCGGAGCUGCCUGAUCUCCUCUUUGCCCCGAGACCCUUUCAGCGCGGCCGCGGGGAGGGAGGGAGCAAGCGAAGGCCAAGCGUGCUGCUGCGGCUCAGCGGCGUGGAGGUUGCUCCGGGACCGUGUGGGAUGGAUAUUUUUCUUGCCUUUCAGGAAUCUUCACAAGGGAAAAGGCCGCGGCAUUCGGUGGGAAGGUAGAGGAGGGGGUUGGAGACUGAGGCGCAGCCUGCUUGAGGCGGCUUCGUGUUGUCCCCUCACUGCCUUCUCUUCCUCUUUGUGUUGGUGGUGGAUUCUUUGUCACAAGCAGUUAUAUAAUGUAGUUGAGUCAGUCAGUGCCACGCAGCCACCUCGCUGAUGGAGCAUGGGCAGCAGGAUGGCUUCUGUGUCUCUGGAGGAGCUCCUGGCUGCUGUGCUGUGUCAGGGGGAGCUGGGGUGGUUGGUAGGGAGGGAGGCAUGCGCAUCCAGUAGGACAGGAGACAGAGAGGUGGCACAGGCCGGGCAGCGUGGUGAGGGUCGGGGGGAGCAAGCAGUGCUGCCUGGUGGUGGAGUCGGGGCAGGAAGGCUGCUGGCUGAGAGCAGUGCCUUCCGAGCACUGUCCCUGGGAUUCAGCCUCUGGUCGCUGCACUCAGCCAGGUCCCUGUUGCUGCUGCAGAGCAGGGGCAGACCAACCUCGGGAGCGUAGUCUUGAGAUGUGAAAAAUACUGUGGGGCUUACUAUGGGAGUGAGUUUAUGCUGCACAUGCUGCCCUGCUUAUGCCUUGUGUCCUUGUGACAGAGCAGGCUUCGAAGCAGGGCAGAGAGCAGUACAGAAACACGCGUGUUGUAUUGUUUGCUCUCAUGCCUGCAGGAUGGGGAUUGGUAAUGCCAGAAGGAGGAUGCAGUUGUUCAAGCAGCUCGUGGCUGAUGCGUGCUGCUAGAAGGAGCCAAGCAGCAACUGGAAGGAUGGUUGAGUUUUCGAAUUGCAGAGAGACAUUCUUGAGGCCUGAGCUGAAGCCUCCAGUGAGGUCUGAGGGUGUGCCUUGAACUGAGAACCUGAAUGCAGUUGUGGGUUUUUUUUUUCUUUUUUAAUUCUAAAAUAAGCUGCUUUUAGUCUUCAACUAAGUAGAGUCAUGAGAACAUUCCCAGAAUGGAAUCACUCCUCCAUUAAGAAUUAGAACUGGCUUUGUAGAUUUGUUUGAGCUGCGUUUGGAGAAUAUCCAUCCUGUUUAGAUGCCCUUUGGAGAAGCAGGCGUUCAGACCUCCUACCAGCUGGAGAGACAAGCCUGCACUAGGUGCUGGGAUAGGAGCUCCACCAAGUGGGAUUUGUCUGAGUUUCCCUGCAAGUUUGUGGCUCACGAUGGUUUUGUCCAGCUUCUUUUUGAUUCUGGAAUGAAUCUCCUCUGUCCUACAGCCGAAUGUAGAACAGUCGUCUUGCAGCUGGGAAAUGGAAGCAUCUUCUGCGUUGUUCAUUCCAGUGAUGCUGGUGGAGGGAACGGGGUCAGGGUGGGAAGGGGAGCUUUUUAUGUAAUAAGACAGCUACUGUAUUUCAGUGAUAAAUGUGUGUUUCUGCUUGCCAAAGUAAGUUAUCUUUUACUCACUGCGUGUAAGGUUGUGGUUUGUAGUAGAGCUGGGCAGUCUCGCUCUGUUGUAGAGGACACUAAUGAACUCAUCUCCGCCGAACGCUCGCGUCACACCAUGUUUCUGCUCUGUAAUAGUGAAGACGUGACUUGCUCUUCUUUACAUGAGAAGCGUGUGCCAUGGGCUGGAGCCCUGUGUUCCUCAGACUGAAGCAAAAGCUGAGGCAGCUCCCUUGUUAUGCCAGGGCAAGGGGUGGUAACGUCUGCAGGUCUCACAUGGCGAAGCAAUCUGGUUAUGACUUUGACACUCACUUAUUCUACUCCCCCCUCUAUGAAGGGGGAACCACCUGCGCUGUGGCAAUACACAAUCUUUGAGAGACAAGUGAAGCUCCUGCAGCGAGCCUCAGGGGAUAGCAGCCUGUCUUUCCACAGCUAAGCUGAGCACAGCAGCACCCUAACCGCCCUAUGCUUGCCCUCCACUCCCCUCCUACUUAAGAGUUCUUCCCCUUGUGAAUUCCUUUUGAUUGUAGGCCAUGUGGUAUUAAAGAAACCCCAUGGAUGAAAA